AUGAAAAUUAUUUCUCAAUUUCUUUUUUUAUCAUUAUUUGUUAAGGAGUUCUUUUGUCAAUAUAAGGAAGAGAAUACUGAUAAGAUUCAUCUAAAUAACUUUAAUUCUUCACCAAGUAUUGUAAUUGCUGUAAAUAAACCGAAAACUAAGAGUAUUUCUCCUAUUAGUGAAAAUGAUAUCAAUAUAAAUAAAGAAAAGCAAAAUAAGCUUGAAAAUAUAAUAAAUAAGGUGGAAGAGUUGUUGCAAAAUAUUGAUGAUAACAAAAAUAAACUAUUAGAAAAUAGAAAUAAUAAAAAUAAUGAAUUAAAUAUUAAAACUGAAAUUAUUAAUGCAAAUGAUGAAAAUGUUUUAAAUUUACUAUUGAAUAAUAAAGAUGAUUCAACUGAUAAGAAAAAAGAUUUUUCUCCACCUAUAAUUUUGGUUUUUUCUCAGCCUUUAACAAAUCAGGAAUCAAUGGAAUAUGAAAAAUAUAAAGAAUUAAUGAAAGGUGAAAAAAAAACAAAAAAUUUAUUAUUAAAAGUUGUAUAUUUUGAAAAAUUAUAUAAUAUUACAAGUAAAAAUAAAAAAGAAGCUACUAAAGAAAUAGAAGACGCAAUGAAAACUAUUGAAAAGUCUAUUUCAAGAAGACAUACUAUAGAUGAAAUAUUAGAAGAAAUAUAUGAUGAAUACAGAAACGAAGAUAAAAAUAUAAAAAAAUUAAAAAAUGAAAGUGAGUUCUUAAAACAAAAGAUAAAUGUUUUGAAUCAAAAAAUUAGAAAAUUAGGAUAUAUAAUGUAA